AGUUCCUGGUGUUCCUCUCAGGUCAGCCAAUCAAUCCUCAGUGCCGCAUCUACCCUGAGGAGAUGAUCCAGACUGGCAUCUCGGCCAUCGACGGCAUGAACAGCAUCGCCAGAGGACAGAAGAUCCCCAUCUUCUCUGCUGCUGGUUUACCCCCACAACGAGAUCGCUGCUCAGAUCUGCCGCCAGGCCGGCCUCGUGCAGAAAUCCAAGGACGUGAUGGACUACAGCGCCGAGAACUUCGCCAUCGUCUUUGCUGCCAUGGGAGUCAACAUGGAAACGGCUCGCUUCUUUAAAUCCGACUUUGAGGAAAACGGCUCCAUGGACAACGUCUGCCUUUUCCUGAAUCUGGCCAACGACCCCACCAUCGAGCGCAUCAUUACGCCCCGCCUGGCCCUGACGACAGCUGAGUACCUGGCCUACCAGUGUGAGAAACACGUCCUGGUCAUCCUGACGGACAUGAGCUCCUACGCCGAAGCUCUGAGAGAGGUCUCUGCUGCCCGGGAGGAAGUACCCGGCCGUAGAGGUUUUCCAGGUUACAUGUACACCGAUCUGGCCACCAUCUACGAGCGUGCGGGCCGAGUGGAGGGCAGAAACGGCUCCAUCACCCAGAUCCCCAUCCUCACCAUGCCCAACGAUGAUAUCACUCAUCCCAUUCCCGAUCUCACUGGGUACAUCACAGAGGGUCAGGUCUACGUUGACCGACAGCUGCACAACAGACAGAUUUACCCCCCCAUUAACGUGCUGCCUUCCCUGUCUCGUCUGAUGAAGUCUGCCAUCGGUGAAGGGAUGACCAGGAAGGACCACGCCGAUGUGUCCAACCAGCUGUACGCCUGCUACGCCAUUGGUAAGGACGUCCAGGCCAUGAAGGCUGUGGUUGGAGAAGAGGCCCUGACCUCUGAUGACCUGCUCUACCUGGAGUUCCUGCAGAAGUUUGAGAAGAAUUUUAUUGCCCAGGGUCCCUAUGACAACAGGACCGUCUAUGAAACCCUGGACAUCGGAUGGCAGCUACUGCGAAUCUUCCCCAAGGAGAUGCUCAAGAGGAUUCCUCAGAGCACUCUGGCUGAGUUCUACCCCAGGGAUUCCUCCGCCCGCCACUGAGGGGGUCCAAGCCCCUCCCCCAACCCCCACCUUCCUGUUAUCCUGCAUCUUUGACUGCCUCCAGUAAGUCGGAGGCAGGUGUUCUCCAGCCUUUACUCAUCCCAAACUUCAGUCCCACUUUUCCUAUGACACCCCCUCCCACCACCACCCUAAAGGAGCACAGAGCUGAGGUGUCCCUGGUGUGUAGAUGUUCUGUAGUGUUUCAGUGUUCUGAAGUGUGGAUGAAACCUUCUGGUGGUUCUAAAACCUUCUGAUUGCAUCCUGAUCAUUUCAGAUUGGUCUUUUUUAUCGGCUCGUGUUGCUAUUCUCAUCUUCUUCCUCUUUUAUUAAGUUCUAUAAACGAUCCCACGAGGAAAAGAGAAGAAAGAUGUAACUUUCAGAGCUGAAGGUGAUUUUACUGACGGGUCGCAGAGAGGAAGCUGCUCGUUUCCACAGGAAACACCUUCAGUAAAUUCACUCCAACCUGAAACAAGUGGAGAUCAAAAAGGUCCAGUUUCCCACAAUCCUUUGCUUCUUUUGCCUCCUCUCUGAAAAUGGUGUAAAUUUACAUUAUCUGUGUUUUGUUGAGUCUAUAAAAGUAUAUGAAACAUUCCCAGCUGUGUGCGGUAACAGAUUCUGUGUGAAAACAUGUUUUGUGUCUGUGAAUAAAUUAAAUUAUAUGUGAAAA